AUGUCCCAAGGACACGAAGCUCAGGUAGGCUCCUCUGCCCAGCCGCCAGACUCCGGAGCCGGUGUGUGCCGCGGUCCGGUCCCGCUGAGCGGCUGUGAUCUAGCUCAGCUGUCCCGGCCGGACCUGAUUGAGCUCCACCUCCCCUACUGUGACAGCCUGUCGUCUCGCAGCCUAAUGACGCUCACCAGCUUCCGUGAGACGCUGGUGUCUCUUUGUCUGUUUCGCUGUAAAAACAUCUUCUACAGGAAGGGCGGUCCCACGCUCGCCUGUCCCGAAGACUCCGAGGAUGAGGACGAAGACGGCCGUGCCUCUCGGCAGAACUUGGAAACAGACUUUAGCUUCCACGGAUUUAACCGCCUCAGGCUGCUCAACCUGGGCAGCCUGCCCGCCGAUGUGAAAGUGGAGAACCUUCUCAAACCCCUGAAGUCCAUCACCUCUUUGGAUCUGUCAGAAGUACACUUACAGGGAACAGCUUUUCUCACUCAGUGGAGGGACAGACUGGCCUCUCUUGUUCUCUACAAUGUGGACCUAUCAGAGGAACUGGUUGGAACAGUGUUGGAGCUGGUUAACCUCAGACACCUAGAUAUAUCCAGAGAGAGCAGAAGGAAUACCAAGUUUAAAAUGACCAAGGAGGUCCUGACCGUCAUCGUUAAGCGUCUGGUCAAUCUGGUGUCCUUGGACAUCUCGGGUCACAUCAUGCUGGACAACUGCACGGUGCCCCACUUUGAGGAAGCUUUGGGCCGUCCCAGCACUGAACCCUGUAAAAGCAGCCUCUACCCGUUCCAGGAGCUGAAGAGGCCGCUGCAGUUUCUGGGACUCUAUGAUACCACACUGUGCAACGUGACUCACAUCCCUGCUUAUAAGGUAACUGGAUCAAAGAAUGAAGAGCAGGUUCUGAACGCCAUAGAAGCCUACACAGAGUUUCGUCCGGAGCUCGCCCACAGAGCCAUCAACCAGCUGUUUGACAUCGCCCGGAUACAACACUGCAGCCAGCUGCUGCGAGCCCUGCAGCUCGUGAUCGCCGCUCUGAAGUGCCAUAAAUACGAUAAGAGCAUCCAGGUGACGGGCAGCGCCGCUCUCUUCUACCUGACCAACACGGAGUACCGCAGCGACCAGAGCGUGCGGUUACGCCGGGAGGUCAUCCAGGUGGUUUUGAACGGGAUGGAGCAGUACCAGGAGGUCACUGUCCAGAGAAACUGCUGCUUGACUUUGUGUAACUUCAGUAUCCCAGAGGAGCUGGAGUUCCAGUACAGCCGGGUCAACCAGCUGCUGCUGAAGAUCCUGGAGCCGGCCCGGCAGGACGAGUCCAUCCAGAGGAUCGCCGUUCACCUCUGCAACGCUUUGGUCUGCCAGGUGGACAACCACCACAAGGAGGCUGUGGGGAAGAUGGGCUUCGUCAAGACCAUGCUGAAUCUAAUCCAGAAGAAGCUACAUGACAGAACUUGUGACCAGGUGAUGGAGUUCUCCUGGAGCGCGCUCUGGAACAUCACAGAUGAGACACCAGACAACUGUCAGAUGUUCCUGAACUGGCGUGGGAUGAGUCUCUUCCUGGAGUGUCUGGGGGAGUUUCCAGAUAAGCAGGAGCUUCACCGUAACAUGUUGGGACUUCUGGGAAAUGUUGCAGAGGUGAAAUCUUUGAGGCCACAGCUGCUGACGCCACAGUUCAUCACUGUGUUCAGUUACCUGCUGGAGAGCAAAGCCGAUGGGAUCGAGGUGUCCUACAACGCGUGCGGAGUCCUGUCACACAUCAUGUUCGACGGUCCUGAAGUUUGGGCGAUGGAGGAGCCGAAAAGAGACGCCGUGAUGGACAGAAUGUGGAAGGCAAUCCAGAGCUGGGAUGUCAGCUCGCGGCGAAACAUAAACUACAGGUCAUUUGAGCCGAUCCUCCGCCUCCUUCCUCAGGGUAUCGCGCCUGUCAGUCAGCACUGGGCCACGUGGGCUCUUUUCAACCUGGUUUCGGUUUACCCGAGCAAAUAUUGUCCGCUGCUAAUAAAGGAAGGUGGAGUCAGUCUUCUGGAGAAAGUCCUUGAACUGGAAAGUUCAAAACCAGAGACCAAGGAGAUGGCCAGGAAAGUCAUGGAGCAUUGUGAGAAAUUCAAGGACGACCCGAUGGAGACGAAUAACGGCCAGGAUGUAAACUACGGACAGAGAGGCUGACGGCACAGGAACCGCGACUCCCAGUUAACACGUUUGAAGCUAACCGACCGGAGGAGCCUCCUGGCGUUCGUCACCGACGGGGUUAAUCGUUUGCUUUCUUUCAAAUUUUUCCUCUUGUUUGGUAGAGCAGAAGGUUUUCUGGACUAAACCUGAAUGUGUGACGCAUGACAGGAGCUGCCUUGUUUAGUUGGGAGGGGGCUGCACAUCUCUUCAGCUGGGUUGGGGGACUGUUCUCUCUCUGUGUGUGAGUGUGUGCGUGUGUGUGUGCGUGUGCGGAGGACUUAGCAACACAGAUAUACAGUUCUCAGAUGGGACUAAGACGUCCCUCCUCUGUUAACGCCUCUGAACUGUGGAUCCGGCUG